GUAGGGAGGGAGGGCUGUUUCUGAGCAUGUGUGCGCGCGUCCCUCACACUGAAGCGAGAGGGAGUACUGAGCUGAGGUUCAAACGCGGCUCUGCGUGAGGCAGCGAGGGAUGAGAGCGCACGAGCGGACCCCGAGGAGACGCGGGAGGACCACAAAGUGAGGUCACCUCCCUUAAGAGCGCUCGGACCAGGAUCCCAUCGCCUUCCAUGGACAAAUCGAUCCGUGCGACCUCCCCGUCGAGAGAAGCCAGUCGACCCUGAUGUCGAUGCAGCUGUAAGGCGGCGAGGCCAAGAGGUCAGGGGUCAGAGAUUACAUCGAGCCGGGACUGAGAGCUUUCCAAAGCGAGGAACCGUGAGGCAGCAAGAGGACCCGGGUGCCUGGAAGGACGGAGUCAUCAACUCAAGGGGUCAAAGAUGAUGACAUCGCACGGAAAACUGAGAAGGGAGAAGGGGAAUCUGGCGGAGUAUGAAUCUCAGAUGAAGGAUCUGCGUGCCCAGCUGACAGAUCAAGUGAAGAUUCUUGACUCCCAAGUGGAGGUAAAACAGCAGCAGCUUUCGGACCUUUCAGAGUUCCUCCGGCGCCGAGGCGACAUUGAGGCCGAGUAUGCACGGGCCCUCGACAAACUCACGGAGAGGUUCACGCACAAGACUAAAAAGAAGGAGCAGUGGGGUCAGUCGGUGUGUCAGGUCUGGUCGGUUCUGCUGACUCAGACCCGUCUGGAGAGUCGGGAACACGCAGCGCUGGGGGACACCUGCUGCAACACGCUCACUCAGAGGCUCGCGCACAGCACGGAGGACACACACCGUCUGCACAAGCGGAGUAAAGAAAUUGGAAUCCAGAUGCAGGAUGAGUUGCUGAAGGUCACAAUGGAGCUGCAGACGGCUCUGAAGACGUAUAACCAGUACCACACAGACUGCCUGAUAGCCGAGGGGAAGCUGAAGGACGCAGAGCGGCUGGAAGAGAGACACACCGGCAAGUCGACCGAGCUCGGCCCCGGCCAGCUGGUGGGGCAGAAGAGGAGCUCUGUGAAGAAGAUGGAGAAACUAAUAGAGAAGAGGUUUGGCAGAGUGCAGGAGACCCAGCUGAAGUGCACCAAGGCUCGCAACGACUAUCUGCUGAACCUCGCAGCAGCAAAUGCAGCCAUGAACAAGUACUACCUGCAAGAUGUCAGCACCCUCAUCGAUUGCUGCGACCUUGGUUUCCAUUUGUCUGUGGAGAGGGUUAUGAAGUGCUACCUGACCAGUAGAUGGCGCAUUCAGAAGACAGAGGAGACGGGGCUGAAACAGCUGGAGGCUGCGGUGACCUCCCUGGACCAGAGUGGAGACAGGGAUGCUCUGCUGCAGCAGCACGACGCCGCCUUCUGCCUUCCCUUCAGGUUCAACUACCAUCCUCACGAGGGAGACCAGGUGUGCGAGGUUAGUGCGGAGAGCCAGGUGAGGUAUGAACUGGAGACCAGGUUCCAGCAGCUUCAGUCUCGACUUGCUACCGUUACCUUGGAAACAGAGGAGAUCAGUAAAACGCUGAAAGCCACGCUCGCAGCCCUGCUGGAGACGAUGUGCGACAGCGAGUGCAACCCGUCUCCGGACAUAUGCAGCAGCCUGACACACGAGCCCCCUGGGGGGGCCAGCGUCCCAAAACUGACCCUGGCCAAACGGCGAGCCAAUCAGCAGGACACAGAGACCUACUACUUUACAAAAGUGAAAGAGUUUCUCACCAGCAACUCUCUGGCCUCCAAGCUUCAAGCCAAACAUGAUCUUUUACAUGAUGCCAUUCAGAAAGCCGAGGCGGUGGACAGUGACCCUUCCAGAAUGCAAUGCGCUCGGUCAGUGCGUGUUCGGAAGUCCAGACCUGUUUCCCAAUUCUGCCACACACUCUUCACCUCAGACAUUCUGUCCUACAUUCAGAGCUCCGGACAGCAGAUUCCUGUGGUGGUUGAAAGCUGCAUCCGCUUCAUAAAUCUUCAUGGACUCCACCACGAAGGGAUUUUCCGAGUUCCCGGAUCGCAGAGGGAGGUCAACCUCAUCAGAGACGCCUUUGAGAGAGGAGAGGACCCGCUGUCAGAGGGCGAGUGUGACCUGGACUCUGUGGCGGGCGUCCUGAAGCUGUACUUCAGAGGCCUGGAGCCUCCUCUGUUCCCCUACGACAGCUACUCCGAUCUGCUGGAGUGUGUCCAAAUCGACGACGACGCAGAAAAAGCGGCCAAGAUCAAGACGAUUGUUUCCACCUUCCCGCGGCCCCUCGUCAUCGUGAUGCGCUACCUCUUCGCCUUCCUCAACCACGUGUCUCAGUACAGCGAUGAAAACAUGAUGCAGCCGUACAACCUGGCCGUGUGCUUCGGUCCCAGCCUCCUGAGGGGCCUGAAUUCUGAUGACGCCGUCGCUCGGCAACCACAGGUUAAUGACCUUGUCAAGACCAUGAUCAUCCAGCACGACGCCAUCUUCCUCGGCCAAUCAGAGCUGCCGGGCCCCGUCUAUGAGAAGCACAUGACUCUGGAGCAGGAGUACUGUGAACCCAUCACGGAGGAGGGAGACGGAGAAGCGGAGCAUCUCCCCAGUGAGGACGAGUGGGAGGCCGUGGCCAUGUUCGACUACGUGGCCAGAUCUCAAGCAGAGCUGUCGUUUAAGCAGGGGGACCUGCUCGUCCUUCACAGCAAGGCUUCCUGUGAUUGGUGGAGAGGCGAGGUGGGAGGGGUCAAGGGCCUCAUCCCUCACAAAUACAUCAACGUUUUGGAAGGGUCAGAGCGAGGGAAGAGAGAUGAAGGAGGUGGAGGAGGCAGCACUGGAAACCUGACAGCAGAAGAUCCAAACUCAGAGAGCACAACUCGGAUGCGAGUGAACAGCGAUAGCGCUUCGUUGCCAGGGAGACAGAAAGGAAGUGAGGGGAGCCCGGGUCGAAAGCCGCAGACCUCCCCCGCCGCACGGCACCUACCUGUGUCUCACGAGCGAAGACACACUUUGGACAUCGUCAGACCUGGCAGCUUCAAAGUCUCGGACAGAGCUCCAGUCACUCUGCAAGAAAGACCUCCGGUGGAUAAGGAGAUGAUCAACCGUCAGAUGAACUCUGUCUUCAAGGAGCUUCUGUCCCGACAGCCUCCGGUGCAAUCGUCCACCUCCGUCACCCCCGCUCCGUCCUCCUCGUCUUCAGUCGCACAAGCUCCCACCGCCAAAAAAAUAAGUAUUUGGUCCCAGAGGAAGGGACCCUUUCAGACUGGCGGACUGAGAUGAAGUGAGGACAACAGAAGAAUUUACUCUGUAUUAUCAUGCUGUUGCCAACGAGGAGGCUGGUGCAGAUCAUGGUUUUAUUUUUGACACGUGUAAGAUAAUUGCGUUUUCCAUCUCAUAGUGCCACAAGUCUCUGUGCCGUGUAGCUGUGCGUCCGGUGUCUGUUUUUUAGCCAAAAUGUUGCCCUUUUUUGGUUUGUUUUUCUCUAAGUUUGUGCAAAUUUCCUGGAAUGGGAAUGUGACUUGAUCAAAACUGACUUUCUCAUGUGGUUGGCCUGGUUCUGGAUGUGUGUCAGGAUUAGAAUUCACAAGCUGCCCCCUAGUGGCAGGUCUUAGAACCGCUUACCUGAUGAGUGAACAGAAACCUGAUCUAGGGCCUGUCUGGGAGUGCCUUCACAUCUUUUUCUCUUCAAACCAUAAAAUGGACAUAAAACUUGAAUUUUCAAUUGGAAGAUAUUUUAGGAGCACCGUUGUUCAUUAUUAAAUAAAACAGUAGAACUGUGAUAAACAGCUAACAUAACCAAAUGUGAAACAUAUUAUAUAAAGGGAUAAUUAUUUCUUUUGCCCAAAUGCCCUCGUUUAAGCCAGUGCACAUUAUUUAUGUUAAAACAUAAAUGCCUACACAGACUCAUAAAUACUUAAAACUAGUUGUAAUUUAAAGGCUGAGUUACUGUUUUUCUAAAUAUUCAUCAAAUAAAGAUUAAAUCAAAAAUAUCUGUAAAUGACAAAUAGAUAAUCUGACAUUUGUGGGUAAAGUUUAAACCAUUUUUUCUGUAUUCUUUAUCUAACAUCAAAGAUAGAUUAAUGCAAUUAUUGGUAAAUUAAAAACAUCAUGUAUUACCUUUAAAAAAUGUCCUCAGCAAACGACACAAAUAGUUAAUAAAUAUAAUUACUAAAUCAGUCAUUUUAAAUCUGAUUAAUAUUUUGUUUUAAUAAGAUGUUAAACUUAAUUUGACCAAACCAGUUUUUUGGGGGGUUUUUGUAGUAAAAUGACUGAGCAGCAACAGGAGCUACACUUCAGUAUGGCUAACAGUUGAAUAUUACCCAUCAGCCCUUGAUAACAACAUCAGCUGCAUUAACUGGCUCUUUCGACUUGAGUUUCACAGAGUACAUAAAUUCAUUUUCUAAACCCUAAAUUAUUGAGUAUUUGACUCGAAACCAUUAAGUAUGUGUUAGCAUUCUCUCACUUUGUGGUAAUUCUAAACAAUAACCUCCAAUUCACAGUCAACAUACUGUAGCUAUUAUGUUUAUUUUUAGGGGCGUUAUGUUACAAAAAUAACUAGAUAUUUUGACACAACUUUAGCUUAGAAAAGCUAACAAGUUGACCUGGCAGCCUUUAUUUUGGAGACCAAAUUUAUCAGGUGGGAUUUGGUUUGUACGACAGAGGAUUUGAAACACCAUGAGAAUAAAGUUGUAAAAUUGUAAGGAAAAAAAGUGUAAAGUUUAUGAGAAAGAAGAUAACAAUUUACAAGAACAAAAUUAUAUAAUGUGAACAAAGUUGACUUUACAAGAAUAAAGUUUUAAAUUAUGAAAAAUAUAAUGUCAAUAUUUUACAAAAACAACAUUAUAAGAAAAAUGUAACAUAUUUUUCUAAAAUAAAAUUGUACAAUAAAUU